GCUAAAACGUCAUCAAAAUGACGCCUUGUCGAUCUCAAUGCAAAUUACGAUAAAAACUUCAAAGAAAUUUGUGUAACCAAUGGAUUUAUAAUAAAUCGAUAUAAUUCAAGUGCCUGAUAACAAAAAUAAAUCGUUAUUAUAAUUCUCAACCUGACGAGUUGAAAAAAAGUUGCCUCUUUGACGCGAGUAGUCAAUAUACCUGCAAUUUUGUUCAUGUAAACAUUGCUGAAUAUUUUCAUAUUUCAUAUCACGAUUCUGUCAAUAUUUCGGAAAAUAAGUAAACUGUAAUUCUCAUGACUCGCAGUUAUUCCUACGGUAAGGUGAAAGUGAAGAUAUAAUCUUCACUACGGAACACGCCACGACACUUCGUAAACUCUGCAUCUAGUAUAAGUCACGUAGCGAUAGAAGCGAAACAUGUAAUUACAACAUACAGCAAGGAGCCUACAAAUUAUUGUGCAAAUUCUGCUUAGUCUUGCAACACUUGUAUAUCCUGGCUGCUACUUGUCUUGCAAUGGAUAUUGAAGGGCGAUGAAAGAUACUUGUGAAAUUUGAUGCAAAUACCUUCAGAGGUGCUGAGGUUUCGGCAAAACGAUCAUUAAAACCAAAUGGAGCAACAAAACAUGGAGGGUAGUACAGAAGAGACUGGGAAUAGUGACUUUAAUGAAUCCAUAAACAAUGCGACAUCUGAAAAUGUCACACUGAAAGAAGAGGUUGAACCUCAUACAGAGAUUCAGGCUCUAGAUACGCAACCUGACGAUGUUCUUAUCGAUCAUUUGAAAAUUGAAACUACAGUCACAGAGGUAGUUACAGAACCAAUGGCUGUUGUGAUAGAAAAUAAUGAAAACCCACCAGAUUUCCCAAGCAGCAAGAAUUGCGAUCCUAAUAAUGAAUGCACUUUUGAAGUUGCUGAACAGACGGUUGAAGUAGUCACUUCAAUUGAUACUUCCGAAGUCCAUACAGAGCUUGCAGCAAAAGUAACUAUGGAUGAUUCAUUAAAGGAGUUGAUCGAAAUAAAAACAGACAACAUGUCUGAUUUGAUGCAUGAAAAUCUGUCCAUUGAUACUGAGGAAUGUAGUCACCAAGCUGUCGAAGAUGCGACUGGUGUUGAGGAAACUACACAAACUCAUGAACCCUGUGACCCAAAUGUGAUGAGCAUUGUUGAAGAAAUAGUUACGACAAGUAAACUGCCGUAUACUGUAGAAAUCCAAGAAGAAGACAGUUCGGAUGACAGGGAAGGUUUUGUAACGAAAGAGUUGGUUUUGCUAGAAGUUGUCGAAGACUGUGAUGCUGCCAUUGGAGAAAAUGAUGCAGCUGUUGAAGAGAAUAUUGUAGAGCUAGAAAUGAACCAAACGCAUGACUGUGUGCCCACUAGCAGUGAACCUAUCUCGAACGAAUCAUUGCUGUCUAAAAAUCACGACAAUGAAGAUAACUGUCAGUUAGUUCCAGAUAAGUCUGAAAUCAAAGACGUAUCACUGGAAACAGCCAAUGAGGAUCGUAAGAGCACAACAAUUGUUAGUGCCACGAUGAAAACUGACAAAACUGUUGGAAUGAUGGAAGAUGAGAAAUCAUCCGUCGAAUCAAAAUUGUCAAGGAAACCAGAUAAUCACAGAAGUUGUAUCCAAGAAAUUGUAGAUGAUUGGGACGAUGAUAACAAUGACCAUAUACCCGACUCUAAACACAGUGUGAGCGACUCCCAUGAUUCUGUAGAAAUUGAAUUAAAAACUCUAUUGGCUGACGAUAAACCUAGUGACAAAGGUGAUGAAAUAAUUGACGACGGUAAACAGAUUAUAAAUAAAAGUUCAAGUAAAGAAACAGUCAAUAUAAAAGAGAAGAAAACGCUAAAGGGUACUGAAUCUGUUGGCAAAGAGCGUGUAAAUGGGUUAGAAAGUGAAACCAGCAAAGGUAAUACAACUGUUGAUGAAACUUUGGCGGAAAAAAAACCUGAAUCAGUACCUGAAGCAUUAGUUCGCGUAGUUAGUAAGCCAACGACCAAUCGGUCAACGGUUACUAUGAUCUCAAAAAAGAAGCAACAACCUACCAGAGCUGGAGUAAAAGUACUGGGACGGCAUUUAAUGAGUCAAAUCGCAUCUAAGGCUGAUGUGACAGAAGUUAUACAAGAACGUAUAAAGGAAAAGCAAAAGGAAAUUGAUCUUCCACAGGGAGGUGAUAUUUUGUUUGUAAAAAAAAUCACUCAACGUUUAUCGAGCAAGUUAUCUGGCGCUUCGACUAAUGCUCUAUCCGCAAAAAUAUCAUUGUCUGAGCCGUCCAAGAUGUCUUCUGAAAAUUUUAGUAAAAAAGCACCGGCCAAAGAUAAAAUAAUGGACGUCGCUGAGAGAAUCGAAACUGCUGAUAACAGAGAAUUACUUGCAAUCUUGGAGGGUGACGUCGAUCCUGAUUGGUCAAACCUCAAACCCCAUACAGUUGUUGAGUCAACUAAGAGUACAGAACCAACAUCAAAUACGACCUCAACACCGGUGAAACUUGAUCCCUAUAAAGAAAGGGAACUGGCAUUGAAGCAACUCCUUGAACUUCCGAGUAUAUCUCUGAAAAGACAUUCAAGAAAGAGAAGAACAUUUAAGCCUGCUCUAAGCAAAGUAUCCUCCGACACUGAUGAAACGCCACAAAAUAUUGUCCCUGUGCCGACAACUGCAUCUGUUAUUGAUGCGGAGAAUAUGCAGACCGUGCCUGUGGAAGAAGAAAAUCGACCUCCAACAAUCGAAUCAGUCGUAAGACAGGAAAGAAUGCAGGUCAGUGUAGAAGAUCAUUUGGAAGAAUCACGGUCUGGUAGGAAGCGAAAACCGACUGAAAAAGCUCGUGAACAUGAACAAAAUUCAUCUAAGAAACAGAAAGUGUACAAAGGAAAGGUGGCUGUGCAGAAAAAGCCUCAUAAAAUUGAAACUUUGGUUGAGGAUUCUGUUCCGGAAAUUCCAGCAGUUGAGACACCUGUAAAAGAAAGUGAAGCAACAUCAGUAAUUUCAAAAGCUGCAAGUAGGAAUAUUCUUUCAAAAAUUGGACCAACGAAAAAUCGAAUAUACCAGACUAAAUCACAGAAAAUGGGAAAGAAAUUGGUUCAGACUAUUGGAAAGCGUAAUAUACCAGUAAAAAAAUUAAUUCGCCAAAAAUCUUCUACCAAUAUUACGAAUGCAAAGUCUGUUCACGUGAAAUCAAAAUUCAUCUCGUCUCCAAAAAAAUACAGGACCACCAUGAAGCAACAACAACAGCAACAGAAGGUACAAAAACAGUUAAUGGAAGUGUCUUCGAGCGAUACAAAACCCAAGAAGAAAUCAAACGAAAUAGAUAAACUGCUUCAGGACGAAGGAGUGGUUAAUUUGCUGUAUGAUGUUGAACAACCGGAAAGGAAACGUCUCAUUCCGAUUACAAAGUCCCAAACGAAAGUGAUGGACCUACAGAAGGUGCAACGGGAGCUGAAAAUCAGAACAAAAUUAGUACGAAAUGCUGUACUGAGACUUCGUACUUCGGGGGGAAGCCCAACAAAAAUAUCACCUAGAUCGAAACGAGGCACGCAACAAAUUAACCCACCUGAGAAUGAAACCAGGGAAAAUGAACGUAUCAAGUCGACUCGGUCGUCAGUAUCGUCCUCGGGCGAUUUUAUAUUUCCAGCAAAAAUCAGAAAUGCUGCCGAAGCGUCAAUAAUUGUAAGAAGGCAUUCGUCCAGCUCAUUUUCAAGUACUUCAGGAAGCCCGAGAGUCAGCAUCGACGGACCAGACCGACAAACAGAACCCAGCGGAGCUGAAGAAGGCCCAGCACACGUUACGAGAUCUGCGAGGCGGCGACAUUCACAGAAUGAGAAGAACAAACAAUCGACUGAUACACUGUCAGCACAUAAAAAAGUUGGCGUCAGUAGAAAAAAAUCAACAGAAAGCACCGAUCAUGAGUGUGUUGUAUUCCUUGAAAAAGGUAUUGCUGUAGCGAGUCGUCCAAACUUGCGUACCGAUAGUAGAAAUACUGAAAAACUCAAUAAAAAUAUUGAGAUCACUGAUAUUGGUCUGGCUAGCACCCAUGUUGCUGGGAUUAAGGUAUCAACUAGAUCAAAUGGGGCAUCUGUGGAAAAAGAAGUGCCGAAAACUAAGAAAGGAACAAAAACGAAAGCAGCUACAAACAAAGCAAAGGAGGCUCUUGAACAUGACAUGGAUAAUCUACAGGAGGACAAACUCUCCGCUUGUUUAGCCGAGGCAGUUUCCGCACUUUCAAAUGUUGAUGCAACUGCUGGUACCUCUGGAAGUGCAAUUGUUCUCCGCAAACUAAAAGCACCUUCAAAUGCAACCAAACUGACUGAUAAAAUACAACCUGACCUGCUAGAUCAGUUUAGCAACAAUGAAAUCAACCUGCGACGACAUGGCAAUAUCGUUGAAGUAAUAAUGAUACCAUCAUCUAGCAAAUUGAAGAAUGGAAUCACCCUCCAGCUAAUGCAGGAACUUCGCGAAGUAUUAUUGUUGCUGAGGAGGGACGACGGUUGUCGCGUAGUUCUUUUGACAUCCACUGGAACAAGUUUUUGUGAAGGUCUAGACCUCUCAAAUCUAAUAAAUUCUGACAGAGAAGAACGUCGGGUCAAUGCCGAGGAACUAGCUAAUGGAGUCAAGGAGUUUAUAAAGACAUUAGCUAAUUUCAAUAAACCCAUAGUGGCAGGGAUACAUGGAGCAGCUAUUGGAUUAGGUGUUACGAUGUUGCCAUUAUUUGACCUAGUCAUCGCCAGCGACAAAGCUACAUUCAGUAUGCCUUAUGGACAGCUUGGGCAAAUACCUGAAGGAGCGGCUAUACUUACUCUAUCUCAAACUAUUGGCAACACUGUUACGAGUGAGCUUUUGCUCGGUGGAAGGACAUUGACGGCUAGCGAAGCUCUAAGGGCAGGACUUGUAUCUCGGGUGUUGUGGCCAGACCGUUUUCAAGGAGAAUUGAUACCUUCCUUGCGAGCCAUGAGCGAACAUUCAUCACAGUCAAUGGAGGCGACGAAAACAUUGCUGCGACACAGCUUACGCAAGAAGUUAGACGCUGCAUUGGAGUCCGAAAGUUAUCUGUUGAUCCAGCAUUGGUGUUCUGCGGAAUGCCAAACGUUGAUAAAAAAUUAUUUAGAUGGUAAAGGUCACUGAGUAAUACAGCGCAUUUAUUAUGGAUAUAGUGUAUUAUAUAUCUUUAUAUAUAUAUUAUAUCUAAUGACAAACGGAAUUAGGUAGUUGAGAUUUACUUCACGCCAUAUUCUGUGAAGAGUACUGGUAUAUUAUAUAUAUAUAUAGAAUAAAUUUCAAGGAAACGCAUCAUCAAGCCAUUAAUACAGCGUACCAUAAAAUUACUCGUUUGGUAAUUUUUUAUAUUCUAUUUUAAAUUUAAUAUGCAUAACAAAGGCGUUUUCAUCAUCUGUAAAAUUCCAUGAACUGUAUGUGACACAAAUUAGUUCAAAUUGAACAUUGAAUUAUGGUUAAUUUUGAAUCAAUUUAUUAGCAUGGCAUUAAAACAUUUGUUGGCAAGAUUGUCGUUGAAUUUUUUUCACAAACUGUCACUACAAUUUAUGCUUUAGACUUAAUUGCAUUCAAAAAAGCAAUUUACCACUUUACUAAAUCAGGAAAGAAUGAAUUUUCAUCAAAUCCAAACUGUUUAAAAAGUACUGUUUUCUAGUAUUUAAUAAUGGGAUUAAUGACUGUAAGUUUCAAAGAAUCACAUUUCCGUUUUGGCGCAAUUAACGUAUU